UCGGUCGCGGAUUCUCUGCCCUCCAAGUCGCGGCGGCGCGUGCGACUUUCGCUGUUUUUUUUUUCGUUUUUUUUUCCAAUUAAAAGUUUUACCGGCCGGCGAGUUUUUCAGUUUUCCCAAUAUCUGGAGUACGUGGUUUGAGGGGCAGAGGGACGUUUAUCGUUGAACCUCCGAGUGUGUUGGUUUUGUGGCUUUACUUUUCUGGGUUUUUUGAUAAUAUAUUUGAGAUUUAAUCGGAAGGAGUAAAUCAGUAACUGCCAAUCGUAAAUCUACUUAUAGUAAAUAAUGUUUCAUUUGGACCAAUUUGGGACCUAUGGUUUAACGUGGAAUACUUUGAUUGUUAAACCCUUAAAGGAGGAUUUGAGCUUUAGCUAGUGAUAUUACCACUGCCAACCCCCUCUCCAGGGAGGAAACUUUUGACAAGUGACAAUUAAUUAAUUCAGCAAAAGAAAGAAAAAAUGACAAAGCGACGUUGUACUUCUGCGCUCGCCGUCAGUGCAAUCGUGUUGUUGUGCGCGAUCGUGGUGGUGGUGUGGGUCCAGUUUAGUCUCGGGGCGUUUGACAGGCGUCAACAGUUGACAAACGCGCCGUUUAACAACAAUCAAUCGACAAAUAACGAUCCGCUCAGCAUCAUCAAGGUGGAAAAAGCCGAUAAAAAAGAAUUUAUUGAAAAGACGCAUCUGGAAGGAACCGUUCAAGACGCGAUUUACGUUAAACCGCUCAAAUUACAUCUGGAUGGACAUCGAAAUAAAUCGGCAAAACCCCAUACAGGCCAUUUCAGACAUCACUCGUAUGAAGAUUGGGACCACGCCCCGACCUAUGAAAUCGACGCUUUCGGUAAAAAACUGAUAUUGGAACUGGUGGCCGAUAGUUCCUUUAUAGUACCGAAUCUACAUAUCGUUACUCAUGGCCAGAAUGUGUCGCAACGGUACCCGCACGACCAAAAAAUCUCCGGGUGCUUUUACAAAGGAAAAAUCCAGAACGAUCCCGACUCUGACGUCACGAUCAGCUUGUGUCACGGAAUGACCGGUUACAUAAGAUCAUCGACGGACAACUACUACAUCGAACCAGCCGAAAAUUUAACAAACAACCUUUCGGAAACCCUGUUGCAUCGCAUUAAGAAAUUACCACAUGCCACUACCACUACCAGCAACACGGAACACCAUGAAAGUAAUGACGUAUUUGAUUAUUUUGAUGGGACUAAUGGUAACGAUCAAGAUGAGGGCCACAUAAUCGAAGAUGACUUCAGAGAAGCCACCUCUCACAUUAAUCGCACAAAGCGGGACCUGAGACACUAUGCCAGAAAUGACAUUUUCUAUGACAUAAUUAACCGUAGGCAAAUCACCGAGGAGGAGAGCAAAAGGAACACCAGACAAAGCGAUUAUGCUGCAUAUUCUGACGUCGGGAAUGUGUAUCACCUAAGGGCCUUGAUUGUGGCCGAUAGUACCAUGCUGGAGUUUCACAGGACCCAUCAGGAGUUGACCAAAUACAUUUUAACAUUGAUGUCUCAUGUGGCACUUUUGUAUAAAGAGCCUUCCAUUGGGAACGCUAUCAAUGUCGCUGUGGUGCAUAUCCGAAUUUUGGAACGUCCCAUUCCCGAAUUUUAUAAUAAAUCUUCCUUGAAGUAUAAAGUUUCUAAGGAGCUUAUAAGGGAAUUUUGCGAAUGGAAACAGAAGAAUAUUCAGGAUAAGCAUAAUGUAGCUGUCCUUCUUACCAGACACCCGAUAUGCGCCGAUGAUAAAACCUGUAACACCUUAGGAGUAGCUGAGGUGGCCUCUUUAUGUCGUGAUAGUGCAUCAGCGGGCUGCGCUAUAGUAAAGGAUAAAGGAUUGUUCACUUCUUAUACUAUUGCCCACGAGUUUGGACACACUUUAAGUAUGGUACAUGAUGACGAUACAAAGUGUACAGUACAUAACGCAAACGUCCAACAUCCCAAUCAUAUUAUGACCAGGACUCCAACACAGGAAUCAAAACCGUUUACCUGGUCUCGUUGUUCCAGGCAAUUUGUUACCGAUUUUGUAUCAAAGCCCAGGGCUCGCUGUUUACUAGAACCGGCUUCCAGAGAGGAGAUCCCGAUUGAUCCGGCAACGUUGCCUGGAACGUUCUUCGAACUGGAUAAGCAAUGCGAACUGGAAGGUGCUGGAUAUACCAGUUGUAAAUUGGAUUUGGAUAAGGGCAUUUAUGUGCCUUGCGUGUAUUUAUGGUGUGCUACCCCGAGUGGGGGAUGCCAGACCCACCAUUCGCCAUGGGCAGAAGGUACCAAGUGUGGCCCAUCCAGUUGGUGCUAUAAACGUCAAUGUACUCCCAUAGAUAGCAGCUCUUUUAUGCAAAUCGAUGGGGGCUGGGGAGCGUGGCAACCUUGGGGCCCUUGUAGCAGAACCUGCGGAGGAGGCAUAAAAAAAUCAGUAAGGUACUGCGACUCCCCAGUACCCGAAAACGGGGGAAACUACUGCAUAGGAGACAGCGUCCAGUACAUGUCCUGCAACACCGAAGACUGUGACGAAAACGAGCCCAGUUUUAGAGCGGUCCAGUGUGCCGAAUUCAACGGGGAUCCCAGGGGAUAUCAGGGAUUGGACAGGAGCGUACGCUGGAUACCCGCCACACCGAAUAAAUCACUUUAUUCGAAAUCCUCUGAAUCAGAAGAUUAUUGUAGGCUAAUCUGCAAGGCGGAACAGGGAGGUCAGACGUACGAUUUGCGAAAUAAGGCGAAAGAUGGCACCAAAUGCGGACCGGAUAAUUUCGGUAUUUGCGUUAACGGUGUGUGCAAACCUGGCGGAUGUGAUAACAAGUUGAAUUCGAAAGCUGCGUUCGACGAAUGCGGUGAGUGUGGAGGAGACAAUAGCAGCUGUAGAGUGAUGACCGGUACAUACAAUAGACGGGCGGAACAAGUGAGUUACAACCGGGUAAUUAGGAUCCCUAAGGGCAGCUUGAACCUGAACAUAACCCAACACAGUUUCGGGCAAGACGAAAACUAUUUGGCCCUAAAGGAUGGCGAAACUGGUCGUUACCUCCUAAACGGCCAUCAAAUGUUCCAAACGCAAGAGCUGGAAAUCGAAUUCGCGUCAGUUACAAUCAAAUAUAGCGGGAGUGUCGCUCAACCGGAAUGGAUCGUCACAGAACGAAGGAAAAAACUGCGGAAAGAUCUGAUAAUCGAAGUGUUUUCGAUGAAGAGCUUAUCGCCCCCGAAUAUCGCUUAUCGUUACGUGAUCGGCAACGAUAUCGCACCGAGGUUCUCGUCCCGUUAUCAAAAUGUCCACCGUGGCCCUGAAAAAAGAUACAAUUGGCGGCUCUAUCAAACGAAAUGGUCGGAGUGUUCGUCGAUAUGCGAGGGAAAACAGUAUCGGACUCCGAUCUGUAUCGAGUUGAGUACCAACAAGGAGGUGCACGGGAGCUUUUGCGACGGUAGCGACAUCGACACCGCUACGGAGAAGAGGAGUUGCAAUAAUCAUUGCACUUUGACGUGGCAUGUGGCUUCUAAGAGCGCUUGUUCGCCCCAUUGUGGAAAAGGAUACCGCCAAGUCUACUAUUCCUGCAUGAAAUUAAACAAGAAACAGCAAUUCGACAUGAAUGAGGUGAACAGUCAACAUUGUAACAUUUUAACGAAACCAACUGGCACGGAACCCUGUUAUACCCCAUGCAACAUUACCAGAUGGGACUAUUCCACAUGGACUGAAUGCUCAAAAACCUGCGGAGGAGGAGUCCAAGUGCGUCAAGCGAAAUGCGUGGACGAACACAACAGACCGAUCGACGAUUCCCACUGUAGCGGCAAAGAAAAAAUCGUGGAGCAACGUUGCAACAUUGAGAUUUGCCCCGAUUGGGUUAUCGGAGAAACAUCCGAGUGUUCAGUUCCCUGCGGUGGGGGUCAUCAAAACGUCUCGGUGUACUGCGCCCUGAAGGGACGAAUCACGGAACCGUUUUACUGCGACCAAAGAUCCAAACCAUCCGGUACGCAGAACUGCAACGAACACGCCUGCGGUAGAUGGGAGAAAACCGACACUUUCCAUCCUUGUUCCGUUCAGUGUGGCAAAGGGGUGGAAAAGAGAAAGUAUGUGUGCAAAAAGUUUGACACGGAAGACGUUAUCGAUGAGCAGUACUGCGAUGGAAUAAGGGUACCGCGUGAGGAUACAAGGGCAUGCUACAGAGAGUGUAAUAGACUAACGUACGUCGACGAUAAGUACCCUUACAACCCGAUUAACGAAAACAGCGUGUAUGACAGAUAUGACAGAUAUAAGACGUUUCAAUGGACCCCAAGCGAUUGGACUGAGUGUUCGGAAUUGUGCGGGGGUGGUACCAAAAAGCAACAAUUCUUGUGCAGAAACGACUUAGGCGUGGAAAAUGCGAUGAUGUGCGAUCGCUACGAUAAACCGCGCGACAAUGUCGUGAGGUGUAACGAGGAUGCGUGUCCCCAAUGGAAAGUCGGAGAGUACAGUCCGCGUUGCGAUUCGAAUUGCGAGAGGCACAGACAAGUACGCUGUAUGAAUGACGAAGAUACAUUUGACGACAAACGCUGCGACCUCACCAAAAAACCGCAAACCUCAACCAAAUGCAAACUGUCAGAGUGUCCGCACGCCAGCGGCAUCUCAAAGUCCUACUUCGCGGCAACCAAUCAGGAAAACCGAUAUAGAUGGCGCGCCGGACCUUGGAACGAGUGUUCGAGCACGUGUGGAAAAGGAACCAGAAAACGUGUUAUCGAGUGUAUCGAUCAACUGAACGACAUCACUGUGGUCGAUACUUUGUGUCGCAACACCAAAAGAAAACCGAAAGAUUCUAAGCCUUGUGAGAGGUACAAGUGCGAUUAUACGUGGAUAGAGGGGCCCUAUUCUAGGUGUUCGCGUACUUGCGGCCAAGGAGUGAUGACUCGGCACGUAACUUGUCACAAAGUCCACCCCGGAGGCGUAAUCGAUCGCAAACCCAUAAACCGCGAUCAACCCCACGUAAAUCCCGCCAAAUACUGCAGGAGCAGAAAACCGAAAAUGGUGAUGAACUGCAUGAUUAACCGGUGCGAGGACAAGUACAUGUGGCUACCAGGGGAAUGGACACCUUGCACCCACGAAUGUGGCAAAAAGGGCCGACAAGUCAGAGAUGUAAAUUGCAUAAACGUGUUGACCAAACAGAGGGUCCAAAGGCAUUUUUGUGCUAAAAACCUUAGACCUUACAAGAAACGGAAAUGUAAUCAGUGGAAAUGUUUAGAAAAAAAUUGCAAAGAAAUCCAGACAAAAAUGCGCACGAGAGAAAACAAAGAUUACCUCAUUUCCAUUAACGGUAUGGCGGUCAAGGUGUACUGCUACAAAAUGGACACCCCAUACCCGCAAGAAUACAUCAGUUUGCACUCUGAUCAGAGUAAUUUUGCUGAAAUAUAUGACAGAAGGUUACGAGAUCUCAGUUCGUGUCCAUACAACGGCCAAAGAAGAGAUAAUUGCGUAUGUGACAACAUCGGGCCGGAACAUUCCGGAAGGACGAUUUUCUGGAAAGUGCGACUGAAUACUACGUCACUACAAAUUUUAGGUGACGAUUUUACUUUUUCGAAACAAAUAAAGGGUCAUCGCAUUCCUUAUGGGACCGCGGGAGAUUGUUACAGUAGCCACGGGAGCUGCCCCCAGGGGCAAUUUUCGAUCGAUUUGCGACAUACGUCGUUCAAAUUGUCUAGUGAUAUCAGAUGGAAGAAUACAGGGCAGUUUGCCUCCAAAUCGAUUACUAAACGAUCUGACGUGCAAAUAGAGGGCAAAUGCGGAGGUUACUGCGGCGAAUGCGUGCCCGAUCCCACUUACGGAGGCCUCAAAGUCGAAAUCACUUAAGUCGCCAUGGAAAUCGAAAAAAUUUGAUUGAAAACCUAAAUGAAGAAAAUUGUUCCUAAGUACAGGCACAAUGAACUUGAAAGAGAAUCUUUGCAUUUUUUAGGAAAAGAAUUUGAAAAAUCUUGUUUUAUGACUGAAUUAAGUGUAAGAGUACUGCCUAUAAAAUCAUCCGUUCAUCAUGCAUUCAUUGUGUAAUUUUAGUGUAAGCAUCUUAGUUACCAAAAUGCUUCUUUUCAUAAGAAUAAUUUGACGAAACGACUUCAGACAAAUCGAGCGAUCAUUUUUUGGUGUUUGUGUCGGUGUCCUAUUUGCUAUAUUAGCAACACUAUUUUCUUAUUAUUGUAAUAAAAUCCCAAGUAUUAUUAUAUAAGUGUUAAAAGUGCCUUUGUAUAUUCUAUUCUGUGAUUUUUAUUUUUUUUUUUAAUAGUUUGGGGACCUACUAACUAUUAAAUAAUCUCCAGAAAAAUGGUAUUAUAUUGUUUAAAACAAAAAAAAAACAACUGCCAAGCAACAAAUAGUUAUUUUAUGUACAAAAAACGUCUCAUAUUGAGAUGGCUUUUUUAUUAGGUUUAAUAUACAGGGUGUGUCCUACAUUCUGGGGUCUUCCAACCAUGACAGCUCGUCUCGUUUAUAGAUUUUUAAGGGUUUUUCGUUGCCAUAUUUAUUAAUUUUUAUUUUCCUAUUCUUCGAUCACGUCUGUAUAAUCUCUUCUUUAAUUAGAACUAAUUAAUGUAUACUACGUACUAAUUGAAAGUUGUACUGCCACUUGUGUAAAUAAUUGUCAGAUAUUUAUUAAAAUUAAUUUAGGAAGCGACCGUUUAAUUUGAAUUUUUUUUUUGUUGUUCUUGAACGGUUUUUGAGUAGCUGCCAGUUUAGGGCGGCUUUUUUGCAUUUUUUAUUGUAUUUGUAAAGACUGUUUAAACUAAUAAGAGUGCUAUAAAUAAACCAAGUUUAAAUGAA